AUGGACUUGUUGCAAUUGUUUUGCGAUGAAAAACAGGACGUAAGGGAUUUUAAUAAUUAAAAAAUAUAUUUUUGGAUUUUUAGAAUUUAAAAAAUUUUUAUUUUAUUUUUUUGUUAAAUUUAAAAAAUACUUUAUUUUUUAUUUCUUUAAUAUAAAAAAUUUUUAAUUUUUUAUUAUUUUUCAGAUUUUUCAAACCGAUUUCCAAAAUCAAACCGGCCUCCCGCUUCUGGGCGAAUGUAUUCUUCAUGGCAGUUUAAUUUAUUUCCCAUGUCUGUUUUUAUUAAUUUUCUUGCCCUUGGUAUUAUUUGAUAUUUACAAAAACAAUGAGCGGAGGAAGCUGCGGUUGGAUACGCCAAUAAAUUAUCGACUGGUAGGUUUUUUUGGGAUUUUUUAUUUGAAAUAUUAUGUUUUAAAAUACAAAUUUAUAUACUAUUAAAACCUCAAAUUAAAUCUUUAUUAAGCCAUUUCACCGAAGAAAAGGCCCGGGGAAAAAUCUGAGCGCUCAGAUUUUCUUUAAUUUUUUCACACACCUCAGUCAUAGGCCACAUAUCAAUUCCUGAAAAUUUUAGCUUGCGCUUUGCACAGACAGCCAAGAAAUUCAACGAUCUUUGCGGCCGAGAGAGUACGCCAAAUGAUGAGAGCGGUUAGAGAAAACAUUUUUUGGCCAUAUCUUUGCCAGUUUCGCUUGGAAAAAAUUGAGUUUUUGUGGAAAUAUUACGCUCUACGGUAGAAAUAGGCAUGAAACUUAUUAUGGCAAAAUUUGCAAAAAAAUUUCACAUUUUUUUCUAAAUUACGACUGUAAAAUUUUGAUUGUUUCUGCAAAUCACAAGCUAGAAAUCACGCAUAUGCCUUAGAAAAAAUUAUUCGAAAAAUCUUGUGCCAAAUUUCAUCGAGAUCUGAGCGUCGCAAUUGGACCACUUUUCCUGUCAAAAUCUCGGUCGUUUUUGCAAAAAAUCUCAUUACACUCGCUUUGCUUAAACUAAUUCCCCCAUUUUCAGUCCCUCUCCCUCAUUCUUGAUCUCAUUUUAUGGGUAAUUGUGCUGAACGCAUUUCACGAGAACUUUAUUCAACCACUGCCACUCCAGACCUCCAAAUGGACCGCCAUUUUGCCAUUCACGGCGCUCGCAACAACCUUUACAAUCUCCAUGAUAUUGAGCUACAUGGUCAAGAAGAAAGGGCUCCUCACGUCCGGAGUUCUCUUCAUAUUUUAUUUUUUAUUAAUUUUGUCGGCUCUUCCGGAGCUUCUUUUUGUUAUCAAUGAGAUUUUGGAGAGGCGCAAGGUAAAUUUGAAUUAAAAAAAUGGAAAAAUAAUUUCAUAAAAUUUUCAGCUUACUGUCCAUGGAAUCUUAUUUUUACCGUAUUUUAUUGUGGCAUUUUUAAUUUUGGUGCUCAGCUGCUUUGCGGAUCGACCGGCACAGAGAUACGACAAGGUAAAAACAUUAUUUUUUUAUUUAUUUUUUAUUUUAUUUUACUUUUUAUUUUUUAAAAUUUUUUUAAAGUUUUUUAAUAUUUUUUUUAGUUUUUUAUAUUUUUUUAAAGUUUUUUAGUAUUUUUUUAGUUUAAAUAUUUUUUUAAUUUUUUUUUAUAUUUUUUAGCUUUUUUAAUAUUUUUUUUUAAAAUUUUUAAAUACUUUUUAAAAUUAAUAAAUUAUUGUAAUUCCAGAAAAAAGCUUGUCCCGAAGAGUACUCGUCUUUUCUGAAUCAAAUAAGUUUCCAUUGGUUUACCCAAAUGACAUGGCAGGGAUACAAAGAAAGUCUAAAAAUGGAAAAGAUGUGGGACUUGAAUAGCAAGGACACUUCUGCGAAAUUACUGCCGGAUUAUGAGUUGUACAGGAGGCAAGAAGAAAUUGGUGAGAAAAAAAGUUUAACACUUUUUUUUAUUUUUUGUAUUUUAUUUUUUUUUUGUAUUUUUUGAUUUUAUUUUUUAUUUUUUAAAUUUUUAUUUUCUUUUUAUUUUUUGGUUAAAAAAUUUUUUUUUUGUUUUUUUACUUUUCAUUUUUAUUUUUUUUUUUGCAUGUAAGAGCGAAGGAAUAAGAGCGAAAAAAAUCUUCUGAAAAAAAUGCUUCAGCCUCUUUCUUUUUCGUUCGGAAGAGUGUGUUUACGAACUCUUCCCACUUGGGAAAGAAUCUGAGAGGCGGAAAGAGUCUCGAGCAGACGCUCCCGCCAUCAAGGUGGGGGAAGAGUGUGGGACGAGACUCUUUCCGCCUAUUGGCUCCGCCCACUUCUGCAGGAUUUUGGGGAAAAAUGGCGAAUUGAAAUGUUUCCAUUUAGUAAAUAAAGCACUGUUCUUUUCAAUUAUACGAUGUUUUAUACAUUUUUUCUUUGACAACAAAGUUUGGACAGUAUAAUCUAACACUUUUCGUUCAUUUUCUAUAAAAUAAAUGAAUAACUAAUCUUUAAUAACAAUAAAUAAAGGUGUCUAAGAAACAGAUAUCGGAGAAAUCAGAUACACUAUAUAAAUCUGAUAUAAAGAAGGCCACAAAAAUGUAAUUCAGGUAACAGAGAUAAUAAACCAUGGUGGCUGAAUUGUAAUAGCAAUAAUAGCCGGAAAAUUGUGCACUUUUUCGCGUACCUAUAGGGUUGUUGAACGGCUGGCUGCGAAUGCAUUCGGUGGAGCUAGGAGUACACCAAAUUAUCCAGAAUUUGGUGUACUCCUUACAUUUGGGUUUAGUCGCCGGGAGCAAACAGUCUUGCGCAUAGGUCCAGAAGAUCACGUGUUUCUCAUUAGUAGACCAUAUCUGAAAUCGGAUUGAUGAAGACGGUGUGGUGGUUGAAUCCUAAAUCAACAACGCAAAACAGAAGAAAAGAACUUACCAUCUUGCAAGCCAAUGAAGAGGUCUUCAUUUACUUCAUAAGUCGCAUCAGUAUUAUGCUUGUCGUCCAGAACUAUUGAAACAUCUCGCUGCACAUGACGCGGAGAUAUUUCGGCUAAAAUUUACCCACACUAUCAACAAUUUAACAUCUACGUACCUUUCCGAGUCCACCAUAGGAGGCCGAAUAUAAGUCCAUGAUUUGCAGUAGAUCCAGUUCAACAUCUUAUGGGCGGUGUUUGGAGGCCUUCAUCAAUCGCAUAUCAAUCUUGGUCGUCCUUUUUUGGCAUCAAAGUUGUUGGUAAAACUUCAUUUCUCUGGCAAAAGCGAAAAAGGUUCCGCAGCUUGCGCCCGAACAAUUUUCAGUCGUUUUGACCGAACAAAAGUGGCCGACAACAAUAGAUGGAGGUGAACCUUAGCCCAUCGAUGAAUGAUAGGGAAUUUCGACGAGGAAGGGCGGACCGACGCGGCGAAAUGUAAGUUGCCUCAUUUUGUUAGCAUAUUUGAGUAAUUUCAGGUCUAAUUUUUCCUACCCGGCCAACUGCGGACACCAUAUCUGAACUUGUUUUAACUUUUCAGGCCCAAUUGAUGUUCGACAUCAACAGUAUGUGAUCGCUACAGCGAUAAAUUCGGACGACUUUGUAAGUUAGAACUUUUUUUUAAACAUUUUAGGUAUAAAACAAUAUAGAAUUUGGUCUCCACGGAUAAGAUCCCCGUGGCAGUUGAUGAAGCUGAAUCCAGCAAGGACAGGGAUAUCCACGACUUGUUGAAUGGGAAGUAAGUAACAGUUUUAGAGAGUUUUGAGGGAGAAGAUUGGGAUUUUUGAAGUUUUUUUAGUUUUCAACGGAUUGGGCUAAAGUAAUAUUAUUUUUUGAGUUUGCGCUGUUUUCGUGAGUGAUGAAGUGCUUAGGAGGCGGAGAAAGAAAGUAUAAAUAGUAAUUUAGUUGAUAUUAUUGAAAUUUUUAGCAGGCCUACGUCAAAACCGAGAUUUCUUGAAAUUUUUAGGUAUCUUUGUCUAAAAUAAGGUGAAUUUGUUGCGAAAUGUGCAGUUUAGUGAGUGGCACGUGGUUUGCAGGUGCGCCAAUAAUAAGUAGGACCGAUAGAGUUGUUUUGAUUAGUUUUGAUAUUAUUUUAGAUAUAAAAUUGUUAAAAAGCUGCUAAUUUUUCCAAAUUCAGCCUCAGUAUCUUAAAAUUGCAACUGCCAACCUCAGUAACAAUGAGGAAGAAAGGGAGACUGUGAACAUGGACACGAACGCCCAUGGGCAGAAUCCGCCACGGCCCUCUACAUCUAAAUGUAACUCGAUGUUUCUUGUGGUGCACAUAAAUAUAUCUGUGAAACUUGUUUUUUCUUGAUUUUCUUAACCAUUGUGUUAACCAGGAAUGUAUUUGAUUUUCAAUUGAAUCUUGAAAUGACAGCCAUGUUAAGGCUAAGCGUAUCACAAUUAUAAAACAAAUAAAAACACACCCAAAUCACCGGAAUAAUGAAAAGGCAAAAAUUUUCACCCAAAACAACCGUUUUCCGCAAGAAAACCGCCAGCUCAAAAUCGAGGGGGCGGGGCCUAUAAACGUCGGAAGAGCCUGCCCGCAGACGCUUCCUCCAGAAGAGAAGAAAGAGUGUGAUGGCAGACGCUUUCCCAAGUGGUGAGAAUCUGCUCGAGACUCUUCCGACAAAAAAAGAAAGAGGCUGAAGCAUUUUUUUCAGAAGAUUUUUUUCGCUCUUAUUCCUUCGCUCUUAUGUUUCAGUAUUUUUUGUUUUUCGAUUUUUAUUAUUUUUGAUAAUUUUUUAUUUUUUAUUGCCAUUUUUUUUUAUUUUUUUUUUUAUUUUCCCAUUUUUUUUUAUUUUUUUUUCUUCCAGCGCACGCCCGAAAAAACUACACCAAAUACGCUCAAAACGGGAACCAACAACUCCUGGAGAACCACGAAAAGCCCCAAGAACCCCAAGUGUCCAAAGACAAGAAAGAGAAGGACCCUUAUCCGUCAGUCCUCAUUCCUCUGGCCAAAUGUCUCAAAUACCCGUUGAUCUCGGCGGCGCUUCUGAAGUUCACUUUCGACUCGGCUCAAUUCAUUUUCCCUCAUCUGUUGAAGAAGUUGAUCCGCUUCAUUCAGGUCGGCACUGAUCCCAAAUGGUAUGGGGUCAGCAUUGCCGUUACGAUGUUUCUGAUCGGCGUUGUUCAGUCGUUUGUAAGCAUUUUUUAUCUAUUAUAUGUACAAAUUAAUAAUCAAUCUGUGACUAUCAGUCUGUCGGGAAAAUAAUGCGGAUUUGUCAAGCCUUGAAAUCGCACAUCAUCGCGUUGCGAUGAGUAGCUGGAGUUGGAAAUUUGGAAUUGUGACAGCCACGAGGCGAGUUAUUUUUCUGCGACAAAUCCACAUCAUUUUUCCGACAGACUGAAUGUUAGUUAAAUUAUAACUCUGUCGGGAAAAUAAUGAGCACUCUGUCGCAUUAUUUCAGAUUCUUCACCAAUAUUUCCAUAUCAUGUUCCGCACAGGGAUGAACAUCCGCUCCAUUUUGUCAUCAGCUGUUUAUAAAAAAGUAAGUAAUCUUUAUUCUCCAAAGAUGAAAUCGCUACGUUAAUUCCAAUUUCGUAUUUUAACAGUAAUAUCUCUUUUUUCUCCAGGCAAUAAGCCUCUCCAGUAAGGCCAGAAAAUCCCGAACUGUUGGCUCACUCGUCAAUAUCAUGGCCGCCGAUGUUCAACGAUUUCAAGAUACCACAACAUACGUCAUGAUGUUGUGGUCGGCGCCGUAUCAAAUGUUUUUGGCAAUGUAUUUCCUGUAUCAACUGCUGGGAUGGUGUGUGAUUUGCGGGGUCCUGAUCAUGGUCUCGCUGAUUCCGAUUAAUAACAGUAUCUCCAAGGCCAUGAAGAAGUAUCAGGUAGAUGAUUAUAGAUACACGAGGCGCUCUGCAGCCGCAACCGAGAUAUUGAACGAUCUUUUCCGACAGGAGAGUGCGCAAAUGCUUCCAACUUUGCGUACUUCCUCGGCCGCAAAAAAUCGUUUGAUAUAAUACCUCAACUGCGCCUCCAAGGCGCGGUCUAAAACUUUUGGGAGUUGCGUUCGAACACUUUCCUUGUUAGGCGAUGCUUUAUCAAAAUUCAAGCAGCUCCAGUAAAAAUUGUAUACAUAUGUAUAGUGCACAAACUUGAUACCAUCAGAAUAUUACUUCUUCGUAGUAUCUACGUCAACCAUUUACGACAAUAAGAGCGACCAAAAUAGCGAGCAAAAAGCAGUGUGUAAAAGGGUGACCCAACUUCUCUGCCCACUUGAAAUUUUGAAGCUCAAUUUGAAGGUAUAGACUAAACUAAAAAGUGUUGUUUGUGGCUUAAACAUGCUCUUUAUAACAAUCGAUAAUAAUGAAAAAAGCAUCAAGUUUAUCUUGCUUAUCUUCUGAGGUCCAGAUUGAUCCAAAAAUCAUUACUUUCCAGACACAACAAAUGGAAUGCAAAGACAAGCGACUUCGGAUGUUGAACGAAGUCAUCACCGGUAUUAAGCUGGUCAAACUUUACGGAUGGGAGGAAGAAGUCAAAGACAAGAUCCUAGAGGAGCGAAACAAAGAAAUUCGUAUCCUAAAGAGCUUGGCCUACUGGAAUGCGGCGACUUCUUUGACCUGGGCGUGUGCGCCCUUCCUUGUGGCGGUCACAACUUUCGGUGUGUAUGUUUUUGUCGAUCCGGAGAACAAUAUUUUAACGCCCGAGACCACGUUUGUCGCGCUGAGUUUAUUCAACAUUCUGAGGUUUCCGAUGGCCGUCUGUACAGUGCUGUGCACGCAAGUUGCGCAACUGAGGGUGAGCAAUGAGAGGCUGAAGGAGUUUUUGGCAGCCGAGGAAGUCGGAAAGGACAAGGUGGUUCAUAAAAGUAAUGACAAGGGUAAGUCAGCUCAGAGGAUUUCAAUUUUCACUAAUAAUUUGCUUCAAUAUAUCAACGGUUAAAUUGAAUAAGGUUAAUGAAGAAGGUGCGUUAAGUGCGAAGCUUAGAUUUUAAUAAAACUCCUUGCAAAUAAUACACAAAAUACGUGUAUUUGACGCAUUUUACCCUUACUUCCAUUAUCUUUAACUUUUUUCAGACACCAACUCCGUAAUUCUCACGCACGCCUCAUUCGCAUGGGAUCCCGAGGACACAUGGGGCUCGGCCCUCAGUGACCUGAACAUCACCAUUGAAAAAGGCAAGCUGGUCGCAGUCAUCGGCAGGGUCGGCUCCGGCAAAACGAGUCUCGUACAAGCGCUUCUCGGCGAAAUGUACAAAGUGAAUGGGAUUUGUGAACUCCACGGCUCGGUUGCCUAUGUUCCCCAGCAAUCGUGGAUAUUGAACAUGACUGUCCGGGACAAUAUUUUGUUCGGAAGUGGAUACGAUGAAGCCAGAUAUCAAAGGAUUUUGAAGGCGUGUGCUUUGGAGGAGGAUCUGAAAACGUUGGAGCAUGGAGAUAUGACCGAAAUCGGGGAGAAGGUAAUGAAAAUGAAAGUUUAUACAAAUAUAAGUCUGUCGGAAAAAUAAUGAGCACUCUGUCGCAUCUAAAAUCGCAUAGCCAAAACGCACUGUGUUGCGGAAAAAUCAAACUGUAUUCACUUCAGAGACUCGAUUGGCAGCGAUAUCAUGUUCAUUAUUUUCCCGACAGACUGAUACUAAUCAGCGCAUAAAAGUCAUAAUAAUUUACAUAGUGCGAUUUUUGGCGCGUGAAAAUCGCUGGAAAGUAUAUUUAGGGUGUCCCAUAAAUCUUGCAAAUUUUUGGGUUUAAGAAUGAACGUCUCAUUUCGGGGGCCUAGAGAACUGUACUCCUUAAUGUUUGGUACUGUUAGAACCACCAUCCUUUACACUUGUUAACAGCAUAAAAAUUUUAACUAACCACGUGGCCUCCGGGCAAAUACUUAACAUUCUUUAAAAUCAUCCAGUUUUGGGAAGCGUUAGUAAAGCGAUCCCGUUCUUUGGUAAGUGAGGCUGCACCUUUGCAACCACACUUUUCAAUAAAUCUACUGGGUGCUCUGUUUCUAAAUAAGCGGCGCUUUCCACUGAAUUAGUGCUUAUGACGCUGUCCUGCACGUUCCUUGUAUUAGGCGUCAUGGUGAAUAUCACGAUGUACACACUUUUGCGUAUAAAAUUUUCUUGAGGGUGGUUUCUCAGGUCGCGCGGUUACCAUAAUGAAAAUAGCAUUAGAUUUAUGCGUUUUAAGUAAAGAUCCGUUGGCUACCUUGUUUUGAAUUACCACUGACCCAAGAAAAUUUGAAAAAAUGAGGUGCAUUUACUCAACACCAAAAAAGUUGUCAUGAGUACAAAUAACAUUGUAGUGCACUGUGUUCUAAACAGUGACAUAUGUAUUUUACCGUAGCAAGAGGAUUUUGAAAUAGCGGUGCUAGGUGCUGAAAAAACACUCUAUUUUGAAAUUUUUUCGUAAAUUUUAAAAAUAAUCGGGAAAAUUUUUAAAUUUUGUAUAUCUCAGGGCAAAAGAGUGACACAUGCGGUAAAUAUAGCCGCAUUAUGUUCACAAGUAAGCGUAGACUACACACGAUGCACAUCUACGGCCAACACUUUCUACCUUCGGAAAACCAGGUCAGAAAAACAUGAGUGCAACAGUUUUCAUGUUGGUCAAACCACCACAAAAGUACCCAUGCCUGUAUCGCAGCGCGGACUAUAAUAAGAUCCAAAGCUCUCACGCGUCCUAUUUUCACGUUUAGUGGGCCAACAGAUCUAUUUGUACAAAGCAUAUAUCUAUUUUAAAAUCAGCAAGCAAAAUUUUUCUUAAUGUCUACUAUAAUAUCGGGGCAGUGUGGGUAGGAGGUAGACCUUAUGUGGCUUUGUCAUAUACAAUUUAGAAGCCCUUUAUCUGAGCUUCAGAACAGUAUAUCCAACAUACUCCAUAAUGCGUUUCAAAGCUUACAAGAAUUCGCACAAAUCGACGACCCAAAAAUUUGCAAGACUUAUGGGACACCCUAAUACUUUUCACAGAACGUUUUGAGCGGUGUGUUUUUUUUUUCAAAGUAUCGCUCAAAAUGCACAGUGCGGAGCCGCAGAAAAUUCCCAUGACUUUUUGCGGCGACUAGUCUCAGUCUGUCGAGAAAAUAGUGGCAGAUCGUCGCGCGUUCGAAUCGCCCGAAAUUGCUUUGCGGCGACAAGCCGCGAGGCAAAAAAUUUGUUGCGAAGACCGCCAUUUUUUCCCAACAGACUUGGCUCUUGGACAAGGCUCCUCGAAUUUAUACCUGGCCUGGCGUAGUAUCGGCUUUCAAUUUUUUACAUCUUUUGCACACCUCUUUCCAUCUAUAAAAUUUCCCCGUUUUUACAGGGGAUCAACCUCAGCGGCGGCCAGAAGCAACGGAUCAGCCUGGCGCGCGCUCUCUACGCUGAUGCUGACAUUUAUCUGCUUGAUGACGUCCUCUCGGCGGUGGAUGCUCACGUUCAACGACACAUCUUCGACAACGUUAUUGUCGACCUUCUCAAGGACAAGACGCGCUUUCUGGUCACGAAUUCAUUGAACAAUCUGAAACAUUGCGAUCAAAUUGUGGUGAUGAAAGGAGGCCAGGUCUCGGAGUUCGGGACGUAUGAAGGUUUGAUACAAGAGCGAGGAGAAUUUGGCGAGAUUGUGGAAGAGUUCUUGAUGGAAGAGGCGAAAUCGAGGGGAAGAUCGAUCAGUUUUGGGGAGAAUUGUAAGUCGUGGGGGAAUUUCGGGACAUCAGGGCCAAGUUCAGGCCAUCAGGGAGAAGAUCAGGCCGCCAAGGCCAAGGUCUAG